UAAAAACUGCAGAGGAAAAAACUACUGCAAUGCCGGUUCGUAUGAUACAAUACAAUACGAAAGACAAAUCGGCAUUGAAAACAGAGCUUUGUUCAUCAGGAAAUCAUUGAGACAAUGGUGAGUCGAAUGAUUAGGUGAAGACUAAGAAUACAGCACAAUCAACAMACAUUAACUUAUUUCCAAAGUUCUACAACCACGCCAACAAUCACUUCCAAUUCCAAUGCACUUCAGGUGUCUCCUUCUAGAAAACAGACAUUGAUUGAACCAAAACAGGAUGAAUGAAACAACAAUAGCAUCGAUGUCAUCAUCGGCAUGGAAUUUGCUGCCUCCAUUGACGUCGACUUUGGACACCAACGCAUCGUCAACUUCUCAUUCGGAUGAAUACAUACCAGCAACUGCCCCUGCAUGGAUGGUUGAAUUCGUCAACUUUCGCCGACGGCUUUUCUUGUGGACGGUCGAGCCCAUAAUUGUCCUGUUCCUAGGCCCCGUAGAAGAAAAUCUCUUGACAAAUGAAAACAAUACCACAUCAGCAUUUUGGAACAUCAGCAACAACGAAAACUAUGGAUACGACAACCWGACAUYCCAUCGACGUCUUGGCUAUCUUCCUGAAUAUGUGGAGAACGCAUCGACAUAUCGAGACACCUCUAUGAGUUUUGCCACUCUGAUUACUCUUUUCAUGGGAAUGUCUUGUAUUUUGCUCAUCUUUCUGAGUUGCUUUUAUCAUAAUCAAAAGACUAGUCCGCUCUUCAUCAGUCCACGACGACAUCGUCUGCCGAAGUUAGUGCCACCACCGUUGCCCAUCGGAGGGUACUUUGACUGGGUAAGUUGCUUAUGGUUUUGGACUCGUGCAGUUGCAAUUGAUUCAAGUGGGAAUUCGAUAGUUGGAUGUUUUCGAUUUCUCGCAAUAUGCUGCUGUUUAUCCCCUUAUACUUAUGGAUGAAAAUAUUAUACCAUUGCCUGUAUCAAUGCAAUUUGAAUUGAAACAACCAAACAAAAUAGGUGAAGGUGUGUUUUUACAUGUCAGACCAGGAAAUUAUUCGGCGAAUCGGUUAUGACGCCCUGAUAUUUCUCCGCUUCCACCGAUUGGCUCUCAGAUGCAUUGUCAAAAUGUCCAUAUUCAGUUUUGGGGUGCUUCUGCCACUGAAUUAUACUGGUGGYGGUGGAGCUAACGCGAAAAAUAUAAAGGGAUACGUMGAGU